AGCACCGCGUUAAGGCCAGAGCACAGACUUUUACAUAACGCAUAAGGCAUAAUGCAUAGAGCAUAACGUAACGUUCAUCAACGCACAAACUUGUGCAUUGGCUCUUAACAUUCUAACCUUAAAGUUUUUUGGACAUCGAAUGCUAUCGCAAAUAUACAUUGAUAAACGGUUAGUCAGAACAAAAGUUUAUAGCAACUACAAUUAAUACCAAAAAAUAAAAUUUUACUGUGUCACAUGUUUAUUAUAAUUAUAAUUUUACAUAAUUGGACAUAAAGCAUCAUACAUGUGAACAUGGAUGAAGAUUUUCUCAUUUUGUCUUUAUUGCAAUUGUGCUUAUUAAUGUUGUUACAAGAAAAGAAUCGAAAAAAGAGAUGGUUAAAUCGGAGAUGGUGGGUGAGACCCAUUAAUGUUGCACGUCCUAUAUAUGGAGAUUACGAACAUCUUGUCCAGGAAUUAAAAUAUAAUGAUUUGGAAACAUUUUUUCGAUAUGCAAGAAUGAAAAAGGAAACAUUCAAACAUUUAUUACAAAUGACAAAGCCUUUUUUAACUAAACUGAGCAAACGAGCUUUUAGUCCAGAACAUCGAUUGAUCAUAACUCUAAGAUAUUUGGCAACAGGAGAUCAAAUAUUGUCCAUUGCACUAGCUUUUAGAUGCGGAGAGUCAACAGUACGAAAAAUUAUUCAUGAAACUUGUUCUGUCAUAGUAAAGGUAUUGCAACCGAUUUACCUUUGUUUACCAACAGAAGAAGAAUGGAAAAAUAUUUGCACUGGUUUUCUAACAAAUUGGAAUUUUCCUCACUGUGUUGGAUCAUUUGAUGGGAAACAUGUGGAAAUACAAGCUCCACCACAUUCUGGGAGCUUAUUCUUUAAUUACAAAAAAAAAUUUAGUAUUGUAUUAAUGGCUGCAUGUGAUCACAGAUAUAGAUUCACAUUAGUCGAUAUAGGCGCGUAUGGUAGCAGUAGCGAUGGGGGUAUUUUUACCUCUUCUGAUAUUCAUUUGGCACUGCAAGAAGGAACAUUAAAUCUUCCUAAAGGAUCUGCAAAGCUUCCUGGAAGCAACAUUAACUUGCCAUGUUUUUUUCUCGGAGAUAGCGGUUUUCCAACCAGUAGUAUUAUGAUGCGACCUUACUCUGGAAAGUUACUUGAUGAAAGAAAAAAUAUAUUUAAUUACAGAUUGUCUAGAGCAAGGCGUACGAUAGAAAACACUUUCGGCAUCUUAACUUCACGAUGGAGGAUUUAUCGGAAGCCAAUUAACGUACAUCCUAAAUAUAUAGAUACGAUUGUCAUGGCGACUAUAUGUCUGCAUAACUAUAUAAAGUUUGAGGAAGAUGUUGUGCAAAUAGAGAAUAGAAUAUAUUGUCUUCCUAACUUUGUGGACUCAGAAGAUGUAGCGGGUAACAUUAUUCCUGGAGAGUGGCGAAGACAUGUACAAAAUGCGUUCAGAGACAUACCUCCUACUUCAAUGCAUUAUGCAACUACAGUUGCAUAUAAACAAAGAGAUAAAUUGGCUGAUUAUUUUUUAACACCACAAGGUGAAGUUCCAUGGCAAUAUCAAUAUGUUAGAAGAGGGCUGCAUCAUGAUGAUCCAUAAGAUACUUUAAUACAAAUUACAUUAUAUUUUACUUAUUAAAUGUACAUACAUUUUAUUUUUAACAAAACAAAACUUGAUAUUUAUGCUAAUAUAUUGUAUUAUUAUAUUUAAACUCUGAACAAAAUAUAAUUGUAUAUCAUUUA